CAAAGGAAAAAGUACAAUAAAUAAAUUCAAACAAUUAAUUAUAGUUUGCUUUUUAGUCAUUAAUGGAAACAAGAUCAUCAGCAAAGAGAGGAAAUUGGAGAUACAUUUACGGGAACGACAAGAAUGGAUCAAACGAGAUCGAUCGAAUCAGCGAACUCCCAGACGCUCUAAUCCACCACAUUCUCACUCUCCUAUCAACCAAAACGGUAGCCCAAACAAGCCUUUUAUCCAAGAGAUGGAGAUCUCUAUGGUACACCUUCCCAGACCUUGAUUUCGAUUUCACUAAUUCCCAUCACUUUUCUCCUUCACAACAUUUUACACAGAGCUCAAUAUACUCUCGCCAAGCUUACUACGAUGGCCUCACCGACCCCAUCUCACAGGUCUUUAAUCUCCGUGAUAAAAUCACUACGGCCACUAAUAAUACUUCAUCAAACUCCGCCGAUAUUCGCACCCUUCGAGUGCGUACAACAAACUCAAUUUCAUUAUCACGCCUCAAUGACUUGAUCCGCCGCGCGGUUCGCCACAACGUACAGCAAUUAGAGCUCGACGUGAUCACCGAUGAGAACAUAAUGUUUCCCAGAAGCGUUAUUCAAUGCGAAUCUCUCCGCAUUCUCUCGUUGAAAUCACGCAGGGCGGCUUUUAGGUUGCCUCCUGAUUUGUCCGUCAUGAAAACCGGGUUUCCAUCUUUGGUGUCGUUUUCUCUAAGUAAUGUCGUUUUGAUUGAUAAUGAUCAUCGGAUGUUGUUGGAUCUCUUCUCUCAUUCAUCUUUCCCUCUGUUGACCAAACUCAGCAUCCAUCGUUGUUUGGGACUGAAACAUCUGAGGAUUGGGUGUCGAGCGCUAGAAGAAUUCGAACUCAAAUUCUGCGAUUGCUUACGGAGUUUGGAGAUUUGUUGUCCUAAACUCGUCACAUUGAGAGUCCGGACUUGUUUCGAAGAGUUCUACCGUGAUGAUGAUGAUGAUGAAAUUGCGAGUUGGGUGAAGAUUGACGCGCCAAAACUAAGAAGCCUUGUUUGGGAAGAGAAUGCUGUAACUGAUUCUUCUUCUCUUGUUAAUUUGAGGAAUCUUGAGGAGGUUUCAAUUGGAACUUUAAUUGGUUUUGGUGAUGAUGAAAAUGUGAGUGUGGCCAAAAUGAAGAGUUUUUCAGAUUUCUUUGCUGGUCUCGCUUAUGUCCGUUGCUUAAAAUUUGGUGGUGAAAGCAAUUGUCUUCAGAUUCUGUCUGAGCAUAUAUAUUUGGGAGAAAGGCUUAAUCCGUUUGAGGACUUACAGACAUUGGAGUUGCAUGUUGAUAUGAAAAAAGAUAACCUUUCUGGAUUAGCGUGCCUGUUUAGGAGCUCUCCUAUGCUGCAUACUCUCAUUCUUAAGCAUAUUAUUAGUAAGAUUGAAAGGAAAAGAAAAUGGAAAAUUGAUCAACAGAGCGCCUCUGAAUCUGAGGAUUUUUGGGUAUCCCAAGCAGAAACCUUAAAGUUGUUUUUUCAUAACCUGAAAAUAGUAACGAUUCAUGGAGUUUUCAAAAGCGGGAAGGAAGUUAGCCUACCGAAAGUUUUAUUGAGGCAUGGGAAGGCCUUGGAAGAAAUGACAUUGUGCAUUAAUACCAAACAUCCUUUCUAUAACACAAAUAUCCACAGAAGACAAAAUAGUUUUAGGUCACAAGUUAUGGGAUGGCCUCGGGCUUCUUCUAGUGCUAACAUUACAAUUCGUUGCUUAAAUAAUUAAUUUAAACCUCUUGUCACGAGGACCUCCUCAAGCUAUUACUUCAUUUUUCGUCAACUACUGCUUGCUAUGAAGCUUUAUUGCGGUAUGUUCAA